GGCGACGGCCACACGGCCACACCCCAACGGCUCGGCGACCUCCACUCCCUCCCGCUAUCUCUCGCCCAGUGCCUAGGGUUCGUCCUUCCGCCGCCCCGCAUCAGCACCGACCGCCGUGCACCCUCCACCCCUCUCCCGAUCGGCCGCCCUCAGUCCUCUCCGCCGCCUUGAGCGCGCAGAUCCAGAAGGGGUGGCGCCGGCCGAAUAAGCCCCCUCCGACGGCUCCAUCUCGCGCCACCCGCUCAUCGGCUCCCCGUUCGUCCUCCUCCUCUACUGCGCCCCAACCCGGCCUCCUCGCCGCCUGCCGCCGCCGCCGCCGCGUCGUCCGCCCUACCCGCCGGUCCUUCCGGCCCCUCCGCGCCAGGGUUUGAGUUGCCUGUGAACUGCUCGGAUGCUAGCUUUUAGUACUACUGCAGCGGCCCUGCUAGUCUGCGAGAGGAGUUGAUUAGCUUUUAGUACUACUGCAGCGGCCCUGCUAGUCUGCGAGAGGAGUUGAUUGAUCUUGUGGGUUGCGGCUCACAGAAAUGGUCUAGAUCGACGACCACCCUGGACACUUCUGUUCUUGCCUGUUCCAGCGCAUCAAACAGGGAAUGGAAAGGGGUUCUGCUGCAGAGUACAGUGAGGUAAAGUCUGUGGUAGGCAGCAAUGAGGAGAAAAAGGCCCAGAAAAGCAAGAUAGACAAGGGGCAGAGAAAGAGGAAGAAAGACAAGGCCAAGGGUCACGGAGGUGAUGGUGAUAGACUAAUUCAAUCUGACGACAAGAAUCAUAGUGUUGACUUGGAGCAUGCUGAAGUGUCAGCCAAGAUGGCUGAAAAACCGAGCUUGGAGAAUACAGAGGUCAUCAUGAGCAAAAGGGAUUUGAAGAAAGACUGGAAGAAAAAGAAGAAAAAUAAAGAGUUUGAUACUAUCAGCCAGAAGCAGAUAAUUGAUGCUAACGAUGGAACUGUUGGGUCAGAACAAUUAGAAAUGAACGAAGGAGAAGGAGAACAUGAUAGUAAGUUAAAGAAGGGCAAAAGGAAGCACCGGGAUGGCGAGACUUCCUCAAAUGGUUCUUCUCAUGAUCAAAUUGUUCCAGUGGGUGAUAAGAAGAGGAAAAGGAAGGAACCUUCAAUUACUUUGGAAGAGAGCAAUGAAGUUGACACGUCAAAGAUCUGGCAAACCACAGAGGGCAAGAAAAAGAGGAGAAAGGAGAGAGAUAAUAUUGGUGUGGACCUAAGUCUGAAUACACCAGCUGGAGAUGGCAAGAAUUACAACAAAGAGAAAAAAACGAGUAAGGAUGACAAUGAUGGUUCCAAAAGCGGGAAAGUUAACUUUGCACAUCGAAAGGACAAGGAUAGACGAGUGAGAUUCACUGAUAAUGUGGAGGUGUUUAAUAUAGAUGGUGGUGAUGAUCAUGAAGAGGGUGAUGGGAGUGGCGAUUCUGGUCUGGUGCAUGGCAAACGGUUUACCCCUGAGGAAGAUGCGAAACUAAUGGAAGCCAUUGAGAAAUAUGCAGAGAUGAAGCAAUUAGGAGACAAAGGGUUAGAGAUGAUUCGUGCUAGCAUGCAACAUCCAGAGAUCAGGGGUUGCUGGGCUGAAAUAGCAACAUCAUUACCUCAUAGACCACAGAUGGCCGUAUACAAACGAGCGCGAAUUUUACUUUAUAGAAGUGCUGAACGUAAAUGGACUCAAGAGGAGUACGAGAUAGUUCGACGGUUUGUUGAAAGGAAUGGCACAAGUUGGAAGGAAUUGGCAACAGAGCUUGGAAAAAGUGAAAUCCAUGUAAAAGAUACAUGGAGACGAAUGAAACCCACAAAUUUAAAAAAAGGGGCUUGGACUCAGGAUGAAUACCAAAACUUGUUUGAUCUGGUAAAUUUGGACUUGCGUGUGAAAGCUCACCAAAAGAUCACUCCUAGUCAUCGCCAGCUAAGAGAUAACAUUUCCUGGGAGGCCAUCAGUGAAAAAUUAACCACCCGUAGUAACAAGGACUGCUGCUUGAAGUGGUACCAGCAAUUAGCAUCGCAUCUGGUUAAGGAAGGAAUCUGGGCAGAUACUGAUGAUUAUCUGUUGAUGGAAGCGCUUCAAAAGGUUGAUGCUGUUUGUGUUGAAGAUGUUGACUGGGAGAGACUUCUUGAUCACAGAUCUGGGGAGCUUUGCCGUCAACGGUGGAACCAGAUGGUCCGCAUGAUCGGUGGCCACAGAGAGAAGCCUUUUAUCGAGCAAGUGGAAGUGCUUGCAAGGCGGUACUGCCCAGAAAUGCUUGAUUACAGGAAAGCUGAAUCGUCAGACACACUUACUGGAGGAACUGACUAGUGACGAAGAGCAUAACCCUCUUACUUUUUUAGAAGCAAGCAUAGCCCUCUUACAUCUGCCCUGUAAAAUGUUUGGCUUUGUUUUGUAUGGCAUGUGGAAAUAUUAGCAAUAUAUGGUUCAAUCACCUGCGAAGAAUGCAAACAUGUCGCAUUUUGACCGUAACAAAAUAUAUUGUUUAGGAUUGAAAGAAGUC